AUGGAGAAAAGGGAAGGCGGCGCUGGCUGGCACAAGAGGGUGGAUGCGAGAGAGGCACUGGUCACUGUCCUUGUUGAAGGCACUAUACUAUUGUCGACACUGGAGAAUGAGCACUCGAAAUUUGAUGACCUGACAAGAGGGCAAAUGGCAUUUGAAACCAAUCCCAGUCUGGAAACAAAUGUUGGCAGUCCGCUUGCCAACAAGUUUAGCUCGUGA